AUGUUUUGUUCGCAGUGUGGGAAACCAGGGCAACUGGUUUUAUUGGGAUGCUGUCAAGCCUGUGUCGAUUGUGCCGCAAGCAAGACAACCGCUCCCUCGUCUAUGAUUUCCCCGACACCCAAUUCUCAACCAACGUCAGCACACCAACUGAUCCAAUCUAAACGUCAAGAGGCAAUCCAACGUGCUCGAGGCUUGUAUUCCCAUCCAACAUCCACCCCGGUCAUUCCCAGCCCCCUCAGUCAGCCUCCUGCACCCACUUUGCUUCCGCAACAAACACACUUUCCUCCACCCAGUGCCAGCAAUCCAGGAUUACCAGCCAUUACCGCCCCUGAAAUAUCCAGGAGCAACCCAUAUCUGAUGGCCCGCACAGCACGGAUGUCGGCCAUCCAACCCUACCCCACCCAACGGGCCGCCCGCACUGCUGCAAGAGUUCCCAAACCGCCAAAACUUCCUACCAGCAAGGGGGCUCUCCCAUUAACUAGCCCUCCCGACAAGAUCUCAGUCCAGUGUGGUUUCGAGAUGUGGUACAGAAGCAAAUGGACCCAGCAGCAAGGUGUCUUACGGACCAACCAUUUCGUCAACUGGGCCGACCCCUCCUCUUUCACGAGCUUGCUUACCACACUUUGCAAUAAAUUCUGUGAUCUCGUCGAACUCAAGACCAAAAUCACGGACGAGAGGGCAAUGUUUGCCAAAGAACAUUUUGAUUUCUGUCGGUUAGGCUCACGGAAAGGGGGGUCGGUUGAAGAUUAUGACUCAUUUGUCGACUUUCUUAAGCGGGAGAAAGUCAUUGAUCUUAUAUACGACCAGGAUGCUUUUGAAAAAUUUUCACUAGAUGAAGAGGAGCGACUAGGAAUGGAAGCCGAAUCAGCCCGCCACAAACUCCGAUCCAGCCAAUCUCGUCCGUCCACCAAUAGGUCGCCGACUCCUGAGAGCGAGAUGUCUUACUCUAGUCUCCCAUCACCCAAAACAGUUGUAACCCGCUCAACAUCCAUAGUUACACGUUCGGCCUCUGCCGUGUCCUCUCAGAUGUUCACGAUGGACGACUCUACCAAACAACUCAGUCAGAAUAUUCCUGGCCCACUCACUCAGAAUAAGGUGAUACCCACUGCGGUCAAUCUAUCACCUCCCGACAUACCACUUCCAAACCCACCUUGUUCAAUGGCUAAAGAGAUGAAGGAAGAGGAUGGCAUCGUUGUGAUCCGGGUCACUCCACCUUGGCGAGCUGAGGCAAUCCUGAAUCCAAAUGAUCUCUCAUGGGACCGCUUUGGGACGUUGGAAACCUCAUAUUGGGACCGAGGUUCCGAUGACUCUGACUGGGUGGAUGGUGUUCGGUACCACCUGGAAGCGGAUGGGUUGAUCAUGGUCCAGAGAAUUUGUCUUUACCGGGUGGAUUACAAAAAAUGCUUCAAACUCAAGCCUGGAUCUAAGGUCAUUGCGGCGGAGAUUCUCAAUUCUGGGACCGUAUUCCAAAUGGUGGCCGAGUACGAACUUCAAAAGAAGGACUUGUCGAAAGAAAGCUAUUCUAUAUGGCCCAACUGCGUAAUGCGCUCAUACGCUGCCGCCAGGCAAUUUUUGGCCCAGUUUGCCCACGCUGUCAAAUCGUCUGAUGACUGCAGCACCUCUCAAAGGCAAUUGGCAGCAAAGCUUAGGAUUGUUGAUAACUUUCCAGUCCAUCAUGACUUCAUGAAUCGUGGAAGAUCUGGUGACCCUUAUGUCGAAGGGCAAGACGACGAUAUGUUACCUGCACGAGAAGACACACCUGAAUCAUACUACGUAGAUGGUCCCCACGAUCCGGAAGAAGAGCCAUCCCGCGUCUUUAUAAUGGAAGAGCAUAUCGAAGGUUAUUCGACCCUUUUGUCCGCCGCCACAAAAGACUACUAUAUCAGUAACCACUCCAAGACCAUUGACUUGUUGCUACACUCUUUUCAACACUGGGUCUAUGCGCACACGAAAGGUCAGAUGACGAUUACCAACUUCAAGGGAAAUCCUCCGCUAAUAGCUAAACCACAAAUUGUGGAUUUGAACAAAAAGUAUGGAAAUUUCUAA